AUGUCUGAAAGAGAAAAGUCUCCGCCCUACCGCGAUGGCGGUAAUAAACGUCGACGAGACAGCGACGGCGCCGGCGACAAUUACAGACGCCACGGCCGCAGAUCGUCUCCUGCGCUUUUUCCCCGUCUGCGAAAGCUUUUCUCCUGCCUCGGUGAACCCGGCCGCUUCACUCUCGUCGAGUCCUUGGAUCACUGCAGCAGAAGCUUGGCCGAUGCUGAAUUCCCCGAAGACAACGAGAUCAAAGAUGCCUUCUUCACCCUUCUCUGCAACACUGUCAUCGAACAACCAAUCAAGACAUUCUCCAUCGCGGUCUCGAUCCUUGUCGCGAACGGUCUGCAGAGCACCGUCGGCGAGGCAAUUAUACCCUUUGUCACCGGGAAACUGCAAGAGCUCAUCGACGCCGGAGAAUGGAACAACGUCAAACUUCUCUUCCGCUUCCUGCUUUUCCUCUCGCCAAUGACGACUAACCCAGACGUGUUGUACGAUCUUCUCGAUUCAUUGCUCACAAAGGCUAUCGAAUUGAAGGAAAAGUCGUCCAAAAGCGUCGCCGCGUACGAAAUCUACCGCCUGGUCCUUCUGACAAUACCCUAUAUCGCCAUCGCGGACCCUGCAGACGCCCACAAAGAAUGGAGCGCGGCUUUACUCGACAAGGCAAAGACCUUCAACUAUGCCUCGAGCAAAUCAUCCGAGCUUUUGAACCCUUUUGUCGACGAGGAGGCACCUUACAAAGUGUCUGAUACACUGGACCUACUUCUUCCUCAGCUAGAGGCAUUGAAAGAGAAAGACUGGGAGCUAAACAUCCUCCACGACUACUCGCAAAUUCUUCCCUCCGAAUUCGAAAAGCACGAGAUUCCAGCAAUCACCGUCCCCGGCGAACCGAUCUCACCCAAGACGUUCGUCGCCCCUGAAAUGUAUCUCAAGUUUUUCAUCAAUCCCCAGGUUGAGACUACACCCCCGCUCGAUACCGUGGAAUCUGUCAUCUUCCGCGACAUGCUCACGGAUCUGUUAAUCAACCUGAACUUCAACCGCCAAGAGGCCGCCCGGCAGUUGCUGUGGUUCGACGCAUUCUUCCGGACCGGCCUGUUUUGCAAAGCCGAGACAUCGCUCGAGAAGAUCGCACAGAUCAAGAACGGAUCGACGUGGAAGCCCGAAGACGUUGCCGUCGAGACCGUCCUCGCAGGUCUCUUCAAGCUUCCAAAGUCAGACCUGCGCCCGGUCUACUUCCAUUCGGUAUUGAUCGAGGCCUGCAUGAUUGCGCCGCAUGCCGUCGCGCCCGUGCUUGGUCGCGCGAUCCGGUUUCUGUACGGUAACCUCGAGCAUCUGGAUGUGCAGACCAUGUACCUGCUGGCCGAUUGGUUUGCGCACCAUCUCUCAAACUUCUCCUUCACCUGGAGGUGGAAAGAGUGGAUUGAAGAUCUUUCGCUUAACGAGCUGCAUCCAAAGUACGUUUUUAUCCGCGAGCUAAUCGGCAAGGAACUCAGACUGAGCUUUCCCCAGCGCAUAAAAGAGACCUUUUCGGAAGAGUUUGAGAAGUUUUUGUACAAUGACGAGGAUCUGCCGCCGUUCACCUUUGCCGAGCCGGACGCGCCGUACUCAGAAGAGGCACUUUCGCUCAUUCAAAAGCUACGCGAACGAGCUGCGCCAGAGGUCUUGGAAGAAAUUUUGGACCGGAUCAAGGAAAAAGCUGCAGACGCCGGCGAGGCCGACGCCGAGGACCCCGACAAGCUCGUGCGCGAGAUCUACGUGACUGCGAUUGCGCAUCUGGGCGCGCGCUCGCUGUCGCAUGCCGAGAGCUGGAUCGAGCGCGGUCUGCCGCUGUUGAAGAAACUCUGUCCUGCCGAGGGAAGCGCGCAGCGCGAGGCUGUCGCGGCCGUGUUUGCGUUUUGGCACGAGCAGACCGGGACGGCGGUGCAGGUGGUGAAGAAGCUGAUGAACCAGGGCGUGAUUUCGCCACAGAGCGUCGUCGAGUGGAUUUUGAUUGACAUCGAGCCUGUGGCGCUCACGCGCGGGCAUUCAUGGGAACUUCUCGGGUUUGCGAUCGAUAAGGCGAAAUGGCUGAUCGACCAAGCCAAGCUCUCUGACGGCGGCGAGGGCGCCGACCACCGCAGCGUGGACGAGCUCACCGAGCAGCUGAAGCAGAUCUUUGUGUCGAUCGUGCGCGAGCUCUCGCGGCCUGUUCCUUCGUCCGACAGUAUGGACGACGAGACCCUUCGCUGGCUGCGGUGGUGGCGGGAAGGGUUUUUGCGGGCGUUCUUAAGGAAUUAUCAUGAGGACUAUAAGGAGCUUGAGGAGCCGUUGAAGAAUUUGGGGUUGACGGAUGUGUUUAUUCUCAGCAUUAUUGAGCAGACUUCGGAUUUGUAGACGUGGUUUAUAUAUAGAAAAGGUGUGGUUGAGUGAUGUAACGAUAAUUUAGUUUUGAAGGA